UUUCGUUCUCGAUCAGAAAAGCCCUCUCUUUCUUCCCACCAUCGAAGUCAAAAGGAUAUUUCUCUUCACUGAGCCAAGAUUUUCUCGCCUUUUCUGUCACUGUUUUUAACCAUGGCUUUCUCAUGACAUGGAGUGCAACUUGGCGUACUAGAUUUUUCAUGAGAAGCGAGAAUUUGGGCGAUGAAUUUUUGUUUCCUUGCUAAUGCAGCUGCUUGUUUCGCUCAGUCUAGGGUUUUCGAAUCUCGUAAUCUCGGCAAAUAGCUUCUGAGGUUGUUGGGUCUCGGUAAUUUUGUUGUGAUUCGGUGUCAGCGCUGUGAUACGAAGGUGUGACAAGAGGCAUUUUCGAGAAAUCGGAGGCUUUGGGGCCAAUGUCGGGUCCUCCUCGUGCCCGGUCGGGAAAUGCCAUCGAUCGGGAGAUCCGAUCAGUCCUUGGUCCUGCCGGGAACAAGUUGCAGAGGAAACCGACGGCGAAGAAACCUGAGAAACUGGCGGCGGAGGAGACCGCCGAGUCAAAAGAUGCCAAACCCGCGAAAAUGACUUCUCUGGUGUCUCCGAAGACGACUCCGUCUCAAUGCUCGCCGCUGAGCCCUUCGAUUCUCCGGCGGAGCAAUGUCUCGAUGACUGCGUCGUACUCGUCGGACGCGUCGUCUUCGUGCGAGUCGUCGCCGAUGAGUGCGGGAUCUUUGUCGAGCGGGAAGAGGGCCGUGCGGCGAGGUGGGUCAAUCUCCGCCGCUGCAAUGGUCGCGUCGGCGGCGAAGAGGAAACAGGCGGAGGAGAUAGAGGAGAAGGUUGCCGGUGGCGGUGAUUGCUGCUUUGAUGGUCAGAAAAGAUGCGCCUGGAUCACGCCUAAAACUGACAUGCGGUCGACUCGGUGGUUGUGGGACGGUCGGGAGAGGAACGGUCGGGAGAGGAACGAUCAGGAGAGGAACGGUCGGGGAUGGACCGAGAAGCCGCCAGUGAUCGAGAAGCCGCCAUCGACCGAGAAGCCGCCAGCGACCAGAUUUGCCCCAGCGCCGUGGACGUCGCUGUCUAAAGGGAGCGGUAUUGAUAAGUGUCCCACAUUGGAAAAUGAGAGGGAUUUGGGCCAAUAUAUAAACCCGUGUUAUGUUGCUUUCCACGAUGAAGAAUGGGGAGUUCCUGUCCAUGAUGACAAGAAACUUUUUGAGUUGCUAUGCCUAUCUGGUGCUCUAGCCGAACUGUCAUGGUCUGACAUUCUUGCCAAAAGGCAAUUAUUCAGGGAAGUUUUUCUGGACUUCGACCCUCUAGCUGUUUCUGAACUGAAUGAUAAAAAGAUAACGGUGCCUGGAACCAUUGCCAGUUCACUACUAUCAGAGCUCAAAUUACGAUCAAUCCUUGAGAAUGCACGCCAAGUGCGCAAGAUAACAGUUGAAUACGGAUCCUUUGGAAAGUAUAUAUGGAACUUCGUCAACAACAAGACUAUCCAGAGCCAAUUCCGGUACCACCGUCAAGUUCCUGUCAAGACCUCGAAAGCAGAGUUCAUAAGCAAAGAUCUCAUUCGCAGAGGAUUUCGCAGUGUAAGUCCAACGGUCAUCUACUCAUUCAUGCAAGCAGCUGGCCUCACAAAUGACCAUCUCACAAGCUGCUUCAGAUUCCAAGACUGCAUGGCCGAAGCUGACAUGAGGUUGAAAGAUGAUGUGGGUAAAGGCAAUCCCGGAAACUAAAAUUGCCUGAGAGUAUCUGGAUUCGACGGCCUGUAAGUUUCAGAGAAGCAUUUUCCUCCUAGAAGUUAUGUUCUGGAAAAUCUGUUUGCUGCUGUGAAGUAUUUACCAGUUGUACAGAUGUUUUCGGUUUUUGGUUCUAGUUUAUGCACUUAGAGUGUAGUGAUGAACCUCGAGGCCGGAUGUAUUCGGAGAUCUUCUGUAUUUGUAUGAAACAGUUACAUGCUACAUUUCAAUAUCAGAAGGAUGUUUCCUUCA